AUGAGUUCUCUUCUAGAGAGUCCAGGAAUCCCUCUGGUAGGUGUCGGAAUGAAUGGACGACAUUACCAGAAAUACAAGACUCUCGGUGAGUCAACUGACAGUCAGGGCGGAAUGAGUCGAAAGAAGUGGGAAACUGUUGGCAUUCGAUUAGCACGACGGAAACAACUGUUUUCCAGUAGACGAAGGGCGUCCGACGUUUCCCUUGGUUUUGCGAUCAUUGGGAUUUUGAUAAUGGUUCUGGAAAAUGAACUCACAGCAGCUAAUAUCAUAAACCGGUCUCAAAUGAUGUCAUACUUUGUCAAAAUGCUGAUAACAGCCUCCACAGUCACCUUACUGAUAUUUCUAGGAAUUUUUCAUUUUCUAGAUGUACAAUUAUUUGUUGUCAAUAAUAGCUGUGAUGAUUGGAGAAUUGCUAUGAACUCCCGCCGUGUCGUUCAAAUUAUCGUUGAGGUGAUUGUGUGUAUUGUUCACCCCAUCCCAGGGAACUUUGACGUCACCUGGUCUGCUACGGUAGCUGAGGGACAGUUCCCACGAGAGUUCAUCGUACCUCUGGACGUUAUUCUCUCCCUACCUAUGUUUCUGCGAUUGUAUCUUGUAUGUCGUACCAUAAUGCUACAUAGUAAACUUUAUCAGGAUGCUUCAUCUCAAAGUUUAGGAGCUUUAAAUCGUAUUCAUUUUAACUUCCGCUUUAUAUUCAAAUCCCUAAUGGCGAUCCAUUCAGAUUAUGUUCUCCUUGUUAUGAUGAUGGCCUUGCUGCUGGUCGCCAGUUGGACUCUUCGACUGUGUGAAAUGCACGAUCCAGAAAAACCUUCCCACGCUGAUUUUCUCAACUCGAUGUGGCUAGUCGCGAUCACUUUUCUGUCCGUUGGCUAUGGGGACAUAGUUCCCAGUACCUACUGCGGAAGGUUAAUUGCCGUGAUGACAGGGAUAAUGGGAGCAGGUUUUACUGCUCUCGUGGUUGCUGUCUUGGCCCGGAAGCUGGAACUCUCUAGAGCUGAAAAGUGUGUUCAUGAUUUUGUGAUUGAUGUUGACCUGGACAAACGCCUGAAACACGAGGCAGCUAAUGUUCUGAAAGCCGGCUGGUUUGUAUACAAGUUGAAAAAACAAAAUCAAAAGCACCCUAUGGGGCUCGUGUAUCAACGGAAACUACUCGGCGCAAUAUACGCUAUUCGGGAAAUCAAGGCCGCACAACGGCGACUUAUGGAUGCCUCCUUGACACUUGUGGAAUUGAAUAAGGCACAAAUGGAAACGACCCACUCGGUGGAUAUUAUAAAACAAAAACAAAUAACUCUUGACGAAAAAGUGGACAAAUUAGAAACAAAGAUCAUUGCCAUAUACGACAAACUCAAUGCUAUUCACAAAGCUGUGAAGCAUGGCGGCCGUGAUACCAGCUAA